AUGGCCUAUGAUAUACAUGGACUUUGGGACGCACAUGGCAAGGAGGUUGGACCGCAUGCGUUGGCCCAUACCAAUCUGACAGAGAUUAACAUGGGCCUUGAACUUUUCUGGCGCAACAACAUUAAUCCCGCACGGGUUGUUAUGGGACUAGGUUUCUACGGCCGUAGCUUCACCAUGGCAGACCCUAAUUGCAUGGAACCUGGUUGCCUCUUCAAGGAGGGAGAGGCCCCCUCCGGAGAGUGUACCAAUGUUCCGGGGGUUAUUUCGGCAACAGAGAUCCACGGAAUAAUCAAGAAGGGUGCUACUGUGACCUUCUAUAAAGAUGCCGCAGUGAAGGUUGCUACGUGGAAUACCAACCAGUGGGUCAGCUGGGAUGAUGUCGAAACCUUGAAGCUCAAGAUCGACUUCGCCAACAAGCGUUGUCUGGGAGGGACCAUGGUUUGGGCAGUUGACCUGGAUGAUGGCACCCUUGUUGAAGCAUUGGGGAAUGCCUCGGGGAAGAAGAAACAAUGGACCAGCGAUGGCAUAUUCAAACCAAUGCCUUGUUUCGGUAAGAAUUGGCCAAAGGGGUCCAACAAGACGUGGAUCGGCAAGAAGGAAAAACCGAAGAAGGGAUAG